AUGGGGGGCAGUGGCAGUAUCGGUGGUGGUGGUGGUGGGGGAAGAGGAAGAGGAGGCGGAGGUGGGGGGAGGGGCAUGGGAGGGGAAGGAGGCCGGGGACGGGAAGAAGGGAGGGGAGUGGGAAGCGGAGGACUGGCGGCAGCAGCAGCAGCAGUAGAAGCAGCAGAGGCAGCAGCAGCAGCUCUGGCAGGAACUAAAGCGGGAGGAACAAGGGCGGGAGAGACGAGAGGGGGGCAGACAAGAGGGGGGGACAUCAGAGGGGGAGAGACCAAAAGGGGAGAGACGAGAGCGGGAGAGGUGAGAGAACCGAGGAGCACAGGGAGUGACUAUAGCGAGUUGCUGACAGUGGCACGGCAGCAGCAGCAGCAGCAGGGGUUGCAAGCAGGGGUGGAGGAGGGAGGGGCGGCAGUGGAGGGAGUGUGGGUGCCUGGGGGAGGUGACAACUUGACAGACGGCAACUCGACGGGUGCUAAAGAAGACCCCCUCUGGGCCUUCACCAAGCAAUUUUUCCUCCUGUUCCCUCUCUCCCUUUCUCCCCCCGCCGCCGCCCCCACUGUGAUUUCUCUCUCCCCACCAGUCUCCCCCUUCUUCCCCUCAGGCUCACUGCAAUUCCUCCAGGACCCCCUCUGGGCAUUCACCAAGCUUUCCCCUCCUAUUCCAUCAAUUCCUCCCCCACCUUCCCCCCACAUUCCACUCGUCUCUCCUCCCCCCUUCCAGUCUCCCCUUUCUUCCCCUCGGGCUCGCUGCAAUUCCUCCAAGACCCCCUCUGGGCCUCCACCAAGCCAUUUUUCCUCCUGUUCCAUCGAUUCUCCCCCACUUUCCCUCCCUCACAUUCUACUCUUUCCUCCCCCCCGCCACCAGUGUCCCCAUUCUUCCCUUUCGGCUCGCUGCAAUUCCUCCAGGACCCCCUCUGAGCCUUCACCAAACCUUCUGCUCCUCCUAUUCCCCCAAUUCCUCCCCUUUCCCGCCCCUCUCCCCCUCUGCUUAAUCAACACCGCCCAACCAUCUCCCCUUUCUUCCCCUCGGGCUCGCUGCAAUUCCUCCAGGACCCCCUCUGAGCCUUCACCAAACCUUCUGCUCCUCCUAUUCCCCCAAUUCCUCACCUUUUCCGCCCCUCUCCCCCUCUGCUUAAUCAACACCGCCCAACCUGUCUCCCCUUUCUUCCCCUCGGGCUCGCUGCAAUUCCUCCAGGACCCCCUCUGGGCCUCCACCAAGCCUUCUGCUGCUAUUCCCUCUCUACAACCCCAACCCCCCUUUUCCCCCGUCUCCUCCUGCGCUCUAUCUCUCCCCAACCAGUCUCCCCAUUCUUCCCCUCGGGCUCGCUGCAAUUCCUCCAAGAUCCCCUCUGGGCCUUCGCCAAACCUUCUGCUGCUGCAUCAUCCUCCUUAA